GCCUCGACUUUUGAUUAAAUUCUAGACUAGAUUUUAGAAUUUUCAAUGGAAACACAAAAGGAACUAUAUAAUCCCAAGCAACGCAGAGAUGGGUUACCAAACAGAUUUAUUAAUUCAGCUGGUAAUUUGAAUUUAAAUGAAAAUUCCUACAAAAUUCCUAAUUCUUCAGAAGAACCCAUGGACUUAAGUAUUUCGCAGGAAAAUUUGACAUACUAUCACAGAAGAAGUGAAAAUAGACAACACUUUACCACAACAAAUCUUGACAAUGAACGUAAAUAUAAAAUAUAUGAAGAAUCUACCGAAGUUCCCUCAGAAAGUGUUUCAAAUUUUAAGAAACAAAUCGUCCAAUUGGGGAAUAGUCCAGAAAUGUUAAGUCAGCACAAUCAACAUAACUGUGUCUCUGGAAAAAGAAAACGUGAAAAAUUUGUUUAUACACAUGAAGGAAAACUUGUUAUGGUAACCGAAGAAGAUACUCGAUGUCCACAAAAUUUAACCCAAGCUACGCAACUUGAAAUUUUAAAAGCGGCCAAAACCCUUUUUACUAAGCGGACUCGAACACUAUACCAAUGGAUUUACCCCACGGCUUCUAAACAAGAAAUACGAAGUACCGUUCUUACAUUGUGGGAUUCUUUGAAUGAGAGUGAAAAAAAUUUUUAUGUAUCGCAGGUUCUUGGUUGUAAUCAGAGCGGCCUUAUGAUUAACCCCCAAUUAGAGUCAAUAAAAAUUCUUUCACCAGCUAUUCAUAAAGUUGAAACAAUACCUAAAUUAAAAGAACCGCAAUGUAGCCUUAACAGUCACACCAACUUCCGUAUUUUACCUCCGGCAAAUGGCGCUAGUUCUUUGACUUUUGAGGAAUUCGAAGCAAUGACGGAGAGAACUAAGAGACGAAGAAGACGACAGAGAGGAGGUCAUGUUAACAAACCUAAACUUGAAGAUUUUCGAGACGAUCCCGAGUUGAGUCAGGAAUUGGAAAAGUUUGCUGGGCAAUUUAAUUUUAAUAAUUAUUUAUCUUAGGCUUUUGUGUUUUUUUUUAAAUAAGUUAAAUAAAUGGUUUCACAC